AUGUCUGGUGUAGUUGGCAAGCGACUUGACAAGUUGAUCACUGGCAAUUUGACACGGAAAGAGAAGGGACAACUGCCAUACAUGAUCAACAGCACGGAAAAGGGGUCCUCAAAGGCGCUGCUAGGCAUCCGCGGAGUUGAACAGGUUCUCAUCGAAGGUAGAGGCCACCUGGAAGCGGGCUUUGCAGCAACCAUCAGAGCAACCUUGACUCAGCCUCCCGGUACUGAUGUUUUUGAGACUGAGAGCCAAGACUCCCUCUUCUCCACACCCCGGAUGAAUCAUACAGGGAGAAUCCCGUCGACAGGCUACGGUCCAAAGGCCCACCUUCCUUAUCCCACUACUCCAGGAACUAUAGAGUACGACUAUUCGCACCUCCUCGAUGACUACCGGUACCUUGUAGAUGGAAAGGUUGAAAUAGCAGGACAUUUUAGCGGUCAAUCCGACUUUUAUGCUAAAAAUGCAGCUGUCUUUCGAGCUGGACAAGAUGGCGUUGCACGCAGGGAUGUUCCAAAAAUUGAAGUCGGUCCCCUCACGAGGAAUCGUCCACGGAGACGUAGGGUUGCUUUUGAUUGGCGGCACAUUGAAAACCUAGAAGAGGAAGGGGGACAAGAUGACAUUCUUGCGAUGGAAGAUGUGGUGCGGAUUAAGGUCAUGAAGUCUUAUCCUGAAGAUUACGAGUUAGACAAUAUGGACAGCUGCUUACUGCCUGUGCUCUUAACAUCAAAGGAGGGCACUGUGGAGAUGGGGUGGAAGGUGUAA